AAUCAGAGAUUAAAACGACAAGAGAAAAACAAAAGGAAGAGAACACUGGAGUUGAGUUUGCUGCUGAUGUGUUGGAUGAUAGUAACCAGCAGAGUCCAUUAGGCAGAGUAGGAGAACCGAGACGUAGCGAAGAGAGAAAAUUGCAGCAAAUAUCGGAUUGUUGUUUUCUUGUUCGGAUCUCGUUACAGGUAAAAAUGCAGGCUUCAGCUUAUGCAUUUAAGGGGAGUCUAGGGUCCGAGUUUCAACAGCGUAGGGUCUUGUCUACUUUUGGUGGUUUUGGUGAAAGACGUUCAUCUAGGAGGAUUCUCCGCUUUCCAGAUAGAGGAUUUUACUGUGGAUCACCCCUUGCUUCUGUCUCCGUGGGAGCAGAACUUAGUCGUGCAAGAACGAAAGUACAAACAAUUUCAAGGUCAUCAGCGAAGGCUAGAUCAGUCAAGGCUCAAGCAUCUGAUGGAGGCCUUGAGGAUGUUGUCCCCACCAAGCCCCUGGGAAAAUAUUCUGGAUCAGUUUUACCCUAUGUUGGUUUUGCUUGCUUAGGUGCUAUUUUGUUUGGAUAUCAUCUAGGUGUUGUGAAUGGGGCACUUGAAUACCUAUCUAAGGACCUCGGUAUUGCUGAGAACACCGUCUUACAAGGAUGGGUUGUCAGUACGCUCUUGGCUGGUGCUACUGUUGGUUCAUUCACUGGAGGAUCAUUGGCCGACAAAUUUGGUAGAACAAGAACUUUUCAGCUAGAUGCUAUCCCACUUGCAGUUGGAGCAUUUCUCUGUGCAACAGCCCAGAGUGUACAGACAAUGAUUAUUGGUCGCUUACUUGCUGGCAUUGGAAUUGGUAUCUCAUCUGCUUUAGUGCCACUUUACAUAUCGGAGAUUUCACCAACCGAAAUUCGUGGUGCUCUUGGAUCUGUCAACCAGCUUUUCAUUUGUGUUGGAAUUCUUGCAGCAUUGCUGGCUGGAUUGCCCUUAGCAGGGAAUCCCAUAUGGUGGAGGACAAUGUUUGGGAUGGCAAUUGUUCCUUCUGUUCUAAUGGCUCUGGGGAUGGCUUUUUCUCCAGAAAGUCCCCGGUGGCUUUUUCAGCAAGGGAAAACUUCUCAAGCUGAGAUGUCCAUAAGGACACUCUUUGGAAAAGAAAAUGUUGCUGAGGUUAUGCAUGACCUAAGAGAAAGUGGUCGUGGCUCCACAGAACCAGAGGCUGGGUGGUUUGACCUCUUUAGCAGUCGCUAUUGGAAGGUUGUCAGCGUGGGUUUAGCACUUUUCUUCUUCCAACAAUUAGCAGGAAUAAAUGCUGUUGUAUACUAUUCCACUUCUGUGUUCCGCAGCGUUGGAAUUGCAUCUGAUGUUGCAGCUAGUGCUCUAGUUGGGGCAGCAAAUGUUUUUGGCACAGCUAUUGCAUCUUCCUUGAUGGACAGACAAGGAAGGAAAGGUCUUUUGAUGGCUAGCUUUUCUGGAAUGGGUUUAUCCAUGUUGCUACUUUCAUUGUCCUUAAAUUGGAAUGUGCUGGCACCAUACUCUGGAACACUUGCUGUUCUUGGUACAGUCCUAUAUGUAUUGUCCUUUUCACUGGGUGCUGGGCCUGUGCCAGCUCUUCUUCUUCCAGAGAUAUUUCCCUCCAGAAUCAGAGCAAAAGCAGUUGCCAUGUCGUUGGGCAUGCACUGGAUCUCCAACUUUGUCAUCGGUCUGUAUUUCUUGAGCGUUGUAAACAAAUAUGGAAUCAGCAGUGUGUAUUUAGGAUUUGCAACUAUCUGUGUUCUAGCUGUUUUGUACAUAGCUGCCAAUGUCGUGGAAACCAAGGGGAGAUCACUGGAGGAAAUAGAGCGUGCUCUGAACUCUGCAGUUUGAUUAGUAUCGUGGUUGGUGGUAAUAGGAAUCAACGAGGCUUGUGGGUACCAUUUCUACGGGAGGUAAAAUUUUGAAUUCUCUGGUGGAGAGAAGUUCAUGUCCUUGCAUGGGACUUGAUUAGCAGCUUCCAUGUUCAGUUUUUCGAAGAUCCGUGUGUUGGUAAAGUGUAUGUAAAAACGGAGAAAUGGUACUUGUCACUAGUAAACAGUUUUCGCAUAAGAUGCAGUAUUUGGCCACUUGGUUCUUGAUUUA